AUGUGUGGACCUUCACGACCCAGUUCUGGGAACCUCAUCGCUGUUAUUUUUCCUUAUUCAUCUUCUUCGACGUCUUCUGCAUCAUCAUUAUCUUCUUCUUCUUCAUCUUUAGACAAAACAAAAGCCCUCUUCCGCAUCGCCUCUCCUCAAACCUUAACUCUGUUUCGGGGAAGUAAAGGUGUGAAUGUGCGAAUUGAGUAUUACGGAGACCUCACAGCACCUAUCACGAGUCCUCCGUUGUAUGACUUUAGGGUGCCGUUUCCGGGGAUUCAGACGGGAGGAAAGGGGGAAGGGAAUGAGGAAGUUGAGGUGAUAUUGCCUGAGAGAUUGGAGUUGGGGGUUUCGGAAAGGGGGAUUGUGGGGAGGUUGGUGAGGGUUAGUCUUUUUGGGGACGGGGAGGUUGAUAUGGGGAGGGGGAUUGUAGGGUAUAAUUAA